ACAGGUAGCAAUAUAUUAAAUAUAGUAUUCCAUAGGUAGACAAAAUAUGUAAUUGGUAUGUGGAUGGUUCGCUUAAAUAUCAGUACUUCUCAGUCACUUGAAAAGAACGGUUCUAUAAUCGCGCACUAAAAGUUAUUAUUAUUAAUUUUAAGAAGUGCGAAUAGUGUGUGAACAGUGUUUAAAUAAAUUUAGUCGAAGAAACAGUGAUAUGCCUAGACUACGCAAACAAUCUGCUCAGCAGCGUCAACGAUUGACUGCAUCUCGUGUUAAUAGCUAUCGUGAACGAAAUCCCAUGGAUCUGCUAAGAAACGCAAGUGCAUUGUCUACAAGAAGACAGAAUGUAGACUUUCGGGAAGAAGAGCGUUCGAGGGAUAGAGUGUAUCAUCGAGAAAGGAGGAGGUCUUCAUUCAAUAGAAGAGUCGAACAAUUACGUAACACUUCCCAACAUGCAGUUCGUCGGCAGGAUGAAAAUUACCGGCAAUUCGAAAGAGAAAGGGAUUCCUUAAGUCACCAACAGCAUAGAGAAGACGAAGCCUAUAGAUUGAUGGAACAAGGAAGAAACACGCUUCAGCACGCCAUUCGCAGACAGGACGAUAAUUACCGGAGUUUGGAACGAGAGCGUGAUGCAGUAAGUCAUCAACAACAUAGAGAGGAUGAAUCCUACCGAAUGGUAGAACAAGAAAGAAACACUCUUGAGCACUCCAUUCGGCGACAGGAUGAAAAUUACCGACAUUUGGAACGAGAGCGUGAUGCACUUAGUCACCAACAACAUAGAGAGGAUGAAGCGUACCGAUUGAUGGAACAACAAAGGAAUACACAGGAACACUCGAUUCGGCGACAAGAUGAAAAUUACCGACAUUUGGAACGAGAGCGUGAUGCAGCUAGUCACCAACAACAUAGAGAGGAUGAAGCGUACCGAUUGAUGGAACAACAAAGGAAUACACAGGAACACUCGAUUCGGCGACAAGAUGACAAUUACAGGCAUUUGGAACGAGAGCGUGAUGCAGUUAGUCACCAACAACAUAGAGAGGAUGAAGCGUACCGAUUGAUGGAACAACAAAGGAAUACACAGGAACACUCGAUUCGGCGACAAGAUGACAAUUACAGGCAUUUGGAACGGGAGCGCGAUGCAAUACGUCAUCAACAACAUAGAGAGGAUGAAUCUUACCGAUUGAUAGAACGACAACGAAACGCAAUAGAGCACUCCAUUCGGCGACAGGAUGAAAAUUAUCGGUAUAUUGAACGGCAGCGCGAUGCGUUAAGUCACCAACAACAUCGAGAGAAUGAAAACUACCGAAUGCAAGAACAACAGCGCAACACGCUUGAACAUUCUCAUCGCCGGCAGGACGAUAACUACAGGUAUUUAGAGCAACAAAGGAAUACUAUACGAAGAUCGCACCAAAGACGUACAUCACGUAUUCAAUCAAGUCAGCAAAUACAUGUUAGAAAUUGUCGUGUGCUUAUUCACCGAAUGAAUCCGGUUAAUCGCCAAAAUGAAAAUGCUCGGCAAGCAGAGAGGAUCGCCAAUGUGAGACAACAACUUUCCCCUGAAUCACGAAUAAAUGUUUUGGAAAUGGAUCGCGCACGUCAUCGCUCAAGAGUAUUCGUUGUUGCCAACUUUUAUUUUAAACUGUCGAUGUCGCUUCCAUGCCUUAGCGUAAUACCAUUUUUGAAUCGAAGCGACGGUGAGGGCGACUUGCACAUAAAGUCGACGACGACUAUAGAAACGAAAACCGUAAUUGGGACGAAUAUUUCCGUAGCCCUAUUUUUUAUGGAUGAUGUGGAGGAGGUUCAAAAUGUGCCACGGAGGCAUUUAAGAGAUGCUUCGAAUUUAUUUGAAGUACCUAACAACCAGUUUGUGGCCAAUUUUCGUGUGUCGAAGGAAGUUUUUCGGGCUCUUUUGGAUAUGAUGGAAGAGAAGUGGGUGCCCGGUUGCAGAACUACCCAAAUCCGCCCAGAUUUAAAACUUCUUCUGCUGCUUCCAAAGAUUGGCACUCCUCUGGCGAACUCAGAUUCUCCUCCAUAUACUCAACUAGUGACCGCAGCUGUGUAG